AUGCAAAGUUUGGUCAUUGAAAUAAAUCAGCGUAACAGAUUCGCAACAGAUCAUGUUAUGGAUAUGACAGGGGUUUGGAUCAAUUCAGAAUUGAAGGAGUUAAAAGUCGAUAGUUUAGAAGAACUACAGCACUUGAGGAAUGAUCUUUUGACAAAGCCUAUAUUAUUCCACAUCAAAGUAACACAUCAAACAAAAAAAGAAUGUGAGGGCAUUGAUGUAUCCAGGAUCUGGAAAAGAGAGUUUGUCGUCCUUGUAAACACCAGGCAUCCAUCAAUUCGAGAAUUCCUUUCAUACAAGCUUAAUGAAGUCACCCAAAAAAUGCAGGAGGGAAAAAGGUUCUGUCUAAAGCUCGAUUUCAGUCCUCCUGUGAAGCACUGGUUCAGUGGGAUGGCGGAUCCAAACUUUUACUGGGAUAACUCUCGCAGCAGCUCUGACUCCGGACACAUGGAGAUCUUCAUCCACAACUACAAUACACCAAUCGAGUGCUGCUAUGAUCAGGUUUUAAUCGCCUGCUGUUUUCCUAUCUGGUUGCUUUUUGGGGGUCCAUGCUAUCGGAUUCACAGAGCAAUAAAAUGUACUGAUGUCAUCUUCGAGUUCCAUGAUUGUCCAGUAGUGUCCGGUGAGUGUUGA